AUGGACAGAAACGAAAAGUUAGACUAUCCUCAGAGUGAAGGUUAUACCGGCGGACGGACGCUAGAUCACUCGUUUAGCGUGGACACACAGCGCGCAUUUCCUGUAUACCAUCGUAAGUUGGGAAAUCCGACUCCUCUUGGACUCUUCUCGUUCGCGACAACCAUACUUGUAUUAUCGUUAUAUAAUGCAGGUGCCCGCAACAUCAACGUGCCUAACGUCGUAGUUGCAAUGGCUAUGGGCGUUGGUGGACUAUGUCAGCUUUUGGCUGGGAUGUGGGAGUAUGCUACAGGCAAUACAUUUGGAGCAACUGGUGCGCCUGCAAGUUCACCCAAAGCACCGAUCUAA